AUGUAUCUUGCACGCGCUUGGUUAGCCUUGUGGCUUGUACUACACGCCCAGCAGGGUCAGACUCUGGUGCUCGAGGAAAUCAGUCAUACGCAGGUGGAGCCGAAUCCCCUGGUUGUGCGUGGCGUUGAGCACACGAACCUUGAUCUACUCAAACAAGACUCAUUUUAUUACAGUGGGGAACAAAAUGGCCAGUCAUCUUUCGCCAACUUCACAGUCUCACUUGACGGCGAGCAAGAGAAUAUUGUGUCCAUGGAACGUUUUGAGGACCUUCUCGAGUCAAUUCACUGCACCAACACCAGUGUAGUUAUGAGCUUCAAGGAGGAGCAAGCCUUUACCUACGCAGAGCACGCCUGGCAAUGGGUCAAUGAUAUGGGUAACCGCACUUUCGUAUUGAUAGUUGGAAAGGGCUGCUGCAAAUGGAACACCAACAGGCUUCCAUUCAUCAUUUCCAAAGUUACAUCCGACGAAAACACCAAGACAAUGAAGCUUCAUGGUAAAGGCUCAAGCUGGCUCGAGAUCGCACAUACCUAUGAGCUCAAUAUAGGAAAGCAAAGGGCCUCCACUUCCACAGCAAGACGUGAUAUUGACCGAUCAGCAUCUCUGGAAUUCAACCAUGUCAUACCAGUGAAAAGUGGAAGACUUCCAGAUGAUAAUAUCGACGUUACUUGGGAAUGUGCUGAUUGUAGCACUCAAGGUGCUUUUGAACUUGAUUUUCACGUGAAGACCGUUGCUGGAAUUCCCAAGACCGGAAGCUUGCACCUUAGCCCUAACGCUGUAUCAGCCACCUUUAUGCCACGACUUGCAUUUGAUGGUGACCUCAAGGACCAGAAGAGCGGAGAGAUUGAUCUAGGAAGGAUUCCUAUCACUGGAAUCUCCAUUCCAGGCGGCAUCCUGAACAUCGGACCUCAAAUGGUUUUCAGUCUUGGAUAUGUCAUCGGUCCAUUGACUGGGUCUGCUACCGUCACGGCUGGUAUUACUGCCAACCUCGAUGAUUCUGCUGAGGUAUCCAUAGACCUUGAAUCUCGUAGCGUGGACUCAGAUGGCUGGACGCCUUCUGUCGAGGCCAUUCCUAUGUCAGUGGAUGCGGAACUAGAGGGUGAAAUUGAGCUUUAUCCUAAAGCAUCCUUGCAGAUUUCUGCCCAGGUAAUAGGUAAUGUCCCCGUUUCAACUAAUAAAACGUCUAGGCUAACAGAAAUAGGCAAGGGAGUCGAAGUCGGUCUUAAUUUGAAACCAAGUCUUGCUGCUACUAUGGCUGCUAUACAUUCGACUGAUGGAGCCUGUCCUGAUGAUCCCAAACACCGAGAGAAUGGCAUCACCGUCGACCCAUCCGCGAGUGUUAGUCUCAACUUUGAAGCCACAUUUGGUGAUAACAACGGCGAACCGGAUGUCAAUCAUGUUCUUGCUGAAUAUACUGCACCACUUGAGUCACGAUGUUACCCGCUCGGUCCUGAACCUAGCAGUACUCCGACUCCUUCAGGAAGUCCAACACCAUCCAGUAGUGCUCAUCCAACAUCCUCAGAAAUUCCAUCAUCUUCCUCGGAUGCUCCAAUAUCGUCUACUACCCCUUCAUCGGUCCCGCCAAGCUCAUCAACAUCGCCUUCUUCCUCCAUCCUUCCAUCCACCUCGUCAGCAACUCAGCCAAGCAAACGCGCGCACCACCACCACCGUCGUAUGGGCUCUCAUCAGCGUCAUAGGCUCUUGUAG